AGCUCCCUACCGAAUCUCUAUUACACUAUACCGAAUCUCUAUUAUACUAUACUACACGCAACACAACACAGCACAGUCUUACUCCAACGUCAUCUCAGAUUGAUCAACCGUUUCUUAUUCCAAAAAAUCGACCUCACAUUCACGCUACGAUACAACACAACAGAAUGGCCACCACUCUCUCGGUCCGGCCCAACCGUGCCUUCAUCGGCUUUAACCCAUCCCGGUCUCGACCGGCGGCGGCGACGGCGGCGGCUCGCCGGCCGGACCAGGCUGCAGCUCAGAUUGGGAAGGCAGUGAAGAACGAUCGUGGGUGUGGGUGGGGCGUGGUGUUUGCCCCUUCCAGGACCACAUUAUCCAGAGUCCUCGCCGGCGGCUCCAGAGCCGACGACUCUGCUCCGUUCGAGAUGACCAUAGAGAACGCUCUCAAGCUCUUGGGUGUCUCCGAGGAGGCUUCCUUUGAUGAUAUUCUUCGUGCCAAGAAUUCGAUUGUUGCGACCUGUAAGGACGACCAAGAUGCUAUAGCACAGGUAGAGGCUGCAUAUGAUAUGUUGCUUAUGCAAAGUUUAACAAGGCGUCGAGCUGGAAAAGUUGUAAAUAGUAACAUUCGCUUUGCUGAUGUUAAACCUGUAAGUGCUUCUGGAAUGGGAUCGAUGCCUCAAUGGCUUCAGGCUACAGUUAAGAGUUCACCCAUUUCAGUUGAAACACCAUCUACCCGUGACUUGGGCAUACAAGCAGGUGUAUAUGGAACUUUAAUGGUCUUAACUUAUGUCAAUGGAGCAUCAUCGCCUUCUGCAGGACCAUAUGCUGGGCCAGAUGUUCCUGGGCUGAUCUUAGCCACUAGUUUUGGAGCAUCUUUAUAUUUAAUGACCAAGAAAAAUGUUAAGUUAGGGAAAGCAACUGUGAUAACCAUAGGAGGGCUUGUGGCUGGUGCGGUGGUGGGGUCAGUGGUUGAAAACUGGUUGCAGGUAGACAUUGUCCCAUUUCUUGGCAUACACUCCCCUGCUGUUUUAGUGAGUGAAUUUAUACUCUUCUCUCAAUUGUUGGUCUCUCUUUACCUAAGAUAGAUUAAAAGAAAGUUCUGAUAAUGAAGUGAAUUGUAAGACCUGUGAUUAUUCUUUAGGGCAAAUUUACUUUUCUUCAUUAGGAAGCCUUUCAUCUCAUAUUGUACAAAUGGUUGUUGUAGAACAUAAAUCAAUUGACCCAUUUGCAUUUAUAUGUAUAAAUUUUGUAUUUCUAUUGAUGGUACCAUAUUUCCUUUCUUCUCA